AUGCUGGCUCUUAGGCGAGCUUCUGCUUUCAGCGUUCUGAUCCUCACGGCCUUUCUGCCCCUGCCGCAGUUCGCCCAGGACCCGGCCAUGGUGCACUACAUCUAUCAGCGCUUUCAAGUCUUGGAGCAAGGACUGCAGAAAUGUACCCAAGCAACGAGAGAAUACAUUCAAGAUUUCCGAGAGUUCUCAAAAAACAUAUCCGUUAUGCUGGGACGAUGUCAGACGUACACAAGUGAGUACAAGAGUGCGGUCCAUAACCUGGCCCUGAGAGUCGAACGUGCCCAGCGGGAGAUCGACUACCUGGAGUACCUGCGGGAGGCUGAGGUGUGCACAGAGUCAGAGGACAAGAUGCUGGCAGAAAAGCAAGUCCAAGGAGCUGAGGAGGAGAAAAGGAUCCGAACACUGCUGAAUGCAAGCUGUGACAACAUGCUGAUGGGCAUAAAGUCUCUGAAAAUAGUGAAAAAGACAAUGGACACAGUUGGCUCUUGGAUGAAAGAUGCUGUCAGAGACUCUCCAAAAGUUUAUCUCUUAAUUGGAUCGAGAAACAACACUGUCUGGGAAUUUGCCAGCAUACGGGCAUUCAUGGAAGAUAGCACCAAGCCAGCCCCCCGGAAGCUGAUCCUAACACAUUCCUGGCAGGGGACAGGCCAAGUGAUCUACAAAGGUUUCCUAUUUUUUCACAGCCAAGGGACCCCCAAUGAGAUCAUCAAAUAUAACCUGCAGAAGAGGACCGUGGAAGACAGAAUGCUGCUCUUGGGAGGGGCAGGCAGAGCCCUGGCCUACCCGCACUCCCCCUCGACUUACAUUGACCUGGCUGUGGAUGAGCUCGGGCUCUGGGCCAUCCACUCAGGGCCAAGCAUCCACGGCCAUUUGGUUCUCACGAAAAUUGAGCCUGACACCCUGGGAGUGGAACACUCAUGGGACACUCCAUGUAGAAGUCAGGAUGCUGAAGCCUCAUUCCUCCUGUGUGGUGUCCUCUACGUGGUCUACAGUUCUGGUGGCCUCAGCCCGCAUCGCAUCACUUGUGUCUAUGAUCCGCUGGGCGCUGUCAUUGAGGAGAAUCUGCCCACCGUGUUCUUCCCCAGACGGUCAAGAAGUCACUCCAUGAUCCAUUACAACCCUAGAGAUAAGCAGCUCUAUGCCUGGAAUGAUGGAAACCAGAUCAUUUACAAACUCCAGACAAAGAGAAAGCAGCCUCUGCAGUGA